UGUCCGUGAAAGUCAGUCAUGAGGGUGGCAACUUUGGUAAAACACGUGGACAACAAGUGUCUCAUGACCAUAGUUCUCGACAUCAACCUGAAGAUAAUACACAUGUGGUUCCUCCUCUUAACUUAAGAACGUCAAUCUCUCCCGUGAACAAAUCAAACGGAACAUUUUCGUCAAGAGUAUCUGAUCCCACAUUAAAUGUGAAACGGAAUUCAUUAAUAUCUGUACGCGAUGUUAAAACAUCAUAUUCAGAAGCAGACAAGGACAGAUCAGAGACUUUAAUUAAUAAAUGGGUGAAUGAAGAUUUUAGUAGUUUCAAUACAAACAGAGAACAGAAUUAUGACGGACAUUCUAAAGCAAAUCUUUCUAAUGAGGUUAUAGUGCCAUUUCAUAGAACUGCAAGUGCAACAUUAUUCCGAGAAUCUUUAGCCUCGCAAGAGGUUUAUGAAAGUAAGAAUAUUAGUGAGCUUUCAGAGGCUACUGGGAAUUUACCAGACCGUAGAGGCGUUAAAAAAGGUCGUUCAGUUCCAGAGGUACAAGCAACAAGAACGUCACGAUUACGUGAAAAAGGGACAGGUAGCAAAAACUCUUCGCUAACAAGUCGCCGUAAAAAACAUGGAGUAGAAGGACCUCAACAAACUGUUCAAAAAUCUAAACCACAUAUAUUAACUUCAGAGGAAACAUCUGAUGAUCGAUUUACGAACAAAUAUAACAAUAUAUCAUCCAGUGGUCAAGGAAAUGAAACGACAAGUAUUCCCAGUGUAAGUACCGGAUAUUAUUUUAAUACUUAAUUUGGAAUCUUGGAGUUUCCGCAAUUAUUGUCGUGUAAAAAAUAUCGUCUGCAGCACAAAGAAAAAUGUGCAAGUGCAAAAGAGUUAAAACAUUUGCAAAUCUAGCCUGUGUUGCAGACUCUAACAAUAUUAUUUAUUAAACUGUUCACAUCAUGCAAUAUGGGACAAGUAGUUCUAGACUUUUUCGCCCACUCGUCAAAGGAAUCUGCAGGUUAAAAAAAGGCAUUGAAAAUCCAUGCAAUCAAUGUGACUUCUUACCUAAAAACAGUUAAUUAAUCUAAAGAUAAACUGUUCAUCUAUAUAUAAAAUCUCUUCUUCUGAUACUAGUAAGUUGUAAGUAUGUAACUUGUAAAUACAGUAAAUAUUGUAAUUUUUGUUAUUUUUGUUAUUUAUACAGGGAGUGGACAUUAACACCCUCCCCCCAUAAAACAUGGUAUAUCCUGUUGUUUGUCACCAUACGUAAAAUAGAUACGUGGAGAGAGUUUUUAUUCAAAAUCCAAGAUGGUGGAUUUGAAUCAGAAAUUUAUAAUGUCGUUGAAUAGUUUCUAUUAUAUUCAUGCGAUUUUACUUUGCAUCAGUCAUCCAGAAAUGCCCAAAGGUUUGAAUGAAUCGGAAGGAACUGACUGAUGUGAUGCAGCAAAUAUCUAUAUAAUAAAAGCUUAAUAAAAUAAAAAGUAAAGUAUAAAAUUAAAGUAAUCCUUUCUUUUUCCAGCAUCUUUUAGCGACGUUUACUCCCACUGCUCACCAGGAAAAGAUUUUGGAGCAACUUGCAGCUCUAAGAAAGGUAUACACCUCUAUAAAUAUUUAUAACUAAAGGGCACUCAGAGACUGUAUACCUCCGCCAGCAAAUUAUGUCACGUAUCCCAUGCAUAAAUUAUAUGAUGGGCUAAUUAUGCAUUCAGUUUACUCUGCCCAGGAAAACAAGACAAACGUCAAAUAGACCUUUCCCCUUUUGAGUGAAAUUUUGAUCUAGACAAGUCUGGACAAAAAUUUCAUCACAGCUUGAAAGAGCAUCACGAAAUUAGUAAUAUUCCGAAGUUUCGUUGCGAAAUGUUGUAAAAUGCGGAUAAUAUACCUAAGUUUGCCGUUUUUCAGUCAUUUUGUAUUACAAACGGGAAAUUGAUAAUCAGUUUGAUCAUCUGAUUAUCAAUUUCUCAUUUGUAAUGCAAAAUGACUGAAAAACGGCAAACUUAGGUAUAUUAUCCGCAUUUUACAACAUUUCGCAACGAAACUUCGGAAUAUUACUAAUUUUGUGAUGCUCUUUCAAGCUGUGAUGAAAUUUUUGUCCAGGCAUAUCUAGAUCAAAAUUUCACUCAUAAGGGGAAAGGUCUAUUUCUCAUCCAGUUUUCAUCCAAAUUGAACUAAAAUUUAAUGGAUAUGUUCUUGGACUAUUGCAUUAUAGUUCCACAAAUUUUCGUAUUAAUACGUGGUGACAGACAAACACCCAAACAAACAAACAUACCCAGGUGAAAACGUAACCUCUUGGCGAAGAUAAUAACCGUAAGAUCAGUUUAGUUUAUCUAAGAACCUAAAGAUUAUCGUGCUGAACAGCAACGAGCAGAUUCAUUCACCGUAUAACGUACCUUCUUAGGCCAGUUUUAGACGCCGAAUUUCCGUCAAGGACAUUUUAAAAGGAAAAAAAGGACAUUUUAAAUAAUUUAAUUUGUUGCAACACAUUAAAGAUUCUGUAAAGUCCGUAAUGUAAACAAACCCUUUGUUUACAUUUUGAACCGCUAUAUUUGUAAAAUAUGAUAUACUAACUGAAUAUCUAACACUUUUCUGGUUCGCCAUGCUAUAAACUCUACGUUUAUAUUAUUAAUUAUGCUAUUACCUCCAUUACGCGCCCGCAUUACUUAACUGUUGAGGAUUCUGCAGUACUUCAUAUAGAUCAUUUUUUGCUCUUUCUCUAUUCAUAAUAUAUUUAUCGAUGUUGUUGCGAAGAAUUUAUGCAAAUCUUUUAAAGUAGUUUAUUAUUUUGAUUAUUUUACACUGGUUACUGACAGCAGUUGAGCCCCCUAUGGUUCCGUCGCACAAUUGCUGUAAUCAACUUCGAAAUUAAGAAGUGUCAGUUAUAAAUUCAACGAACUAAGCCCCGGUCAAACGAGAAUGAGAGUAAGUUGAUGAGAGUUGGCAGUCACGCAUUGUUACGGGGACAUUUCAAGCUCUAGAUCAACGAAAUAAAGAUUUGAUGAGUGUUCCAACAACGUUUUAAUUUAGAUAGAAUACAUGAUAGUGUUGGGAAAGCAUUAAGAACAGAUAACCCCAAGGUCGCAUGCCUGCCAACUCUAUUUCGCGCGGUUCCUCAUCUUUACUCGCCCAAUAAAGCUAGGGAAAUAUUCAAGUCUGUCUCGUCCUCGUUUGAUCCGAGAGUUAAAUUCGACAGAAAUAGGACGUCUAAAAGAGACCUUAACAACCCUGCAUAUAUUCAUCCACUAAUACUAUAUAUGUUUCCAAAUAAAUAGGGACUUCUGGUGAAAGAUCAAGAAAUCAAAACUCGGGUAUUCCAAAUCAAUGAAUAUGAAAUCCAAGCAUAA